AAGAAAAGAAAAAAAGACAAGCUUGAACCAGCGGGAUGACUACAGGACUGAAUCUCACCGCCCGGGAGGUGCAGCAGGUUUUUGCAGAGAUUCUUAGCCAUGGCGAGGACAUCACCUGGGAUCUAUUGCUGCAGAACCAAAAGGGCAUCCUGAAUAGCAAGAUUGGAGAGAUAUUUAAUUUUCAGUUUGGUACAUCUGAGGCUAUCUUUCCAAAAAUUCUGGAAUUUGUUUGGCUUCAAAGUAAAUACACCAAUGGCCAGUCCCUUUCUUCGCUGUUCUUUGUGCUUGUCGUGAAUGGCGUGGCCGAAUUGAAUCUAGCGGAGAAGAGCAGAUCCUGGUCGAUCCAUCCUGUUUUCCGCUGCCGUCGCUGCGUUGCCGACCAGAGUGGAGGGCACAGCAGCAGCCGGGAUUGUUGCAUGAUCUAUGUGGAUCAGAGUGGCAUCUAUGAUGGCUGGGAUACAUACUUAAAGCAGACGGCUCUGCCCGAAGGGAUUAUGGUAACCUGCGAUCGAGGCAUCUACAAGCUAAUCGAUGGCCAGGUUGAGCUGAAAACGUAUUUGAUAAAGGGUACUGGACGUUCCCCAAUUAGGGGUUGCCACUUAACUUCUGAACGUCUGGCGGCCUCGGAAUCGCCUGAAGUGCAUCGGAUUUACAUGAAAGAGGAACCUAAUUGUUUAAUGCACUUUUAUGACGUAGACACUAUAAGAGCGCGCGAAAAAGUGCUAUAUCUGCUACUGAAACAUUUUGAUGGCGAGAAAGUCGAUUUUUUGAAUGCGAGGCUGCUCUCCGAGUGGUUGGUUCUGUUCACGCACAGUGUCAAUAACUUUCGUCUGGCAUCCGAAAUGGUCAAUAUGGGCACUUAUCGGAGCACCUUAAGCAGCCACGUACAGAACAUCUUUGACAAGAUCUCCAAGGAGGCCAAGUCCGUUGAGGAGUCCACUGAAGGCAGACUGGACCUCAUACGCAGCGCCAAUGUAAUUCCCACAAAAAAGGAGCUACAAAAACUAUUUAAAACUCGUGGAGCUAGUGUCUGCACCAGCGAACCGAAACUACCCGCAGAACCCAGUAAGGUGCCCCCAAAUCUGCUGCAGAUCCGUUCAAUCACCGUCGAGGGUCAGGACAUCCAAUUGGCAGAUUAUGGAGAAGCUAUCAUUGAGCACAUCUCAAGCACUGAGAGCUUCGAGGAUCUAAUCAGCAGCAUGGCCAAAUACUGGAAGCUGGACAUGUGUAAGCUGAUGCUGCAAAUGACGCAGACCUUUGUCGAAAGCACCAGAAAGGAGCUCUGGCUGCUGCUGAAGUACAGCUACCCCACGGAAUCGGUGCUAUAUCAGAUCGUUCUCCAAACACUUAAGCACCAUAGGAGCUUGAACUACAAAAAAGUCUCGGAGGCAAGCCCCGAUAUCCUGAGAAGCGUACGGUGCUUUUUCGUCUCAUGCAGUCCCAACUGUCCCCCAGAGUUUCUGAAUAAGUGCCCCAAGUGCGUGGGCUACUACAAUAAGGGAACGCGGCAGGUAGUUGAUAGAUCUGAUGAUUAUUGGGAUAUCUAAUAUGCCGUAUACAUACACAUAUACCAUGCAAAGCAUUUGGGUGGGUAAUACACCCAUUUUAUAUAAUUAUUUCUUACUGCUCGAACCCCUGGGUAUUUUUUUAUCCUGUAAUAAUAAAUAUUUUCGUAUGACAUCUAUUAUAA